AAGAAUUAUAUCUUUCGAACAUGAAACGACAAAUUGAAAAAUUAACAGAUUGAUGGUAAUUUCAUAAUAUCACUAUUCCCACAGUAAUUGUAUAUACCCACUGUCAGCAGAACUAAGUGGGUUCGUCGGUUAAUCGCUAAUAGCGAAUCAUAGCAAUGUUACUUAGAAUUAUUAGAUUUUUUAUGACUUCCUCAUUACAUAAAAUUCGUGAUACGUUAGGCGUGUAACAUCGAAUCGCUGUUAUUCAAUCGAACAUGCCUAUAUUUUGCUUUGCAACUUGUACCUCCAGGACCAUAACUCUCUCUUGGAAAGUAAACGUUGCAAUUUCGUAUGUAACUCGGUAUUGCAAUCUUCGGAUUCUGUGUUCCAGUUGAUCAUUUCCUAUGUUAUUACGUUCGAUUAUCUUUUGUAUCCGAACGAGUUAUGAAAUCACGUUUGUCUUCGGCGUGUCGAGUUACGCAUAAAUGUGCGGUAAGUGGAGAAGUACAAGGCGAUUGUUACGAGUGAUUUUACUCCAGUUGAAACGUGUUAAUGUAGUCACGUGGAGUAUCUUAAGAGAACCUAGGCACGAGCCUAACAAAGAGAAUCCACCUAGAAAUUCUACAACCACCAAAUUACUGAAAUUACAAAUAGUUUCCCAAUUUAACAAAGUAUUCAGGAAAUAUAUUUCACAAAUUAUACGCAAACAUAUAAUCCCCACGCAACUGACCGACGAUGAAUAAUAUUUUCUCCAAAAUUCAGUAAAUAAAAACUUUUAUCUGCAAGUUUAUUAGCCGGAACGUCGAGAAACCUGUCGAAAUGAAUUUUGAAAUGCUUGCAUUAUUUCACAGGCAAUUCUGCGAAAUACGUUCCAUAACUAAAACGUAUCGCGUUAAUCGUAUUUGUUCCUCGUGUCACGUAGAAUCCAAGUUAAUUGGAUCUUUCAGAAUCGUUGUAAGAUUAUCUGACAUUCUUCGCGCAGAAAGCUAUUAUGUCAGAAACGAGCGUUGUUUUACGUAAUCCAAUGUGUGACGUUCUGCGUGUGUUGGAUUCGCAUCCGCGGAAACAUGUGCAUACGUAAUAACAGUUCACACGUGAUACCUGUUGCACCUCCGACCAGAUUAUAGAAUCAAGAUACAUUGUAGCUGAUUGCAUAAUUACACGUUUUUCUUGUACUCGUCUGUGACGUAUCGAUGGGUGACGUACUUGUUUCCUGCCGAUGUGUGACGCGAUUGCAAUCUAUUAACUUCUGUCACAUGGCUCGAAUUCCGAAAUUUUUUGCUGUUUAUUCCUUUUGCUCUUCUCGAACAUAUUUCUCUAACCAUAAAUCGAUGACUAGCUGAUGUUUGUGACAUUGUGAAGGUUUAACACGUGUAUUAUUGUGAAAUGUACCUUCUUCCUAGAUUCUUAGACUUGUUUGAUUAUAGACCUAACUGCUCCUAGACCGCCCCUCUCUGUCCUUCAGCUCUCAUCGCUCGAAAAUGAUUAUGACAACUUUUUCAAAUCGAUCAUUAAAAUCAAUUCUCACCGCUCUUGAAUAAUUACGAUAGAUUCAGUCGAAUCGAAUCGUGCAAUAUCGAUUACUUCACCUUGAAGGAUAGAACACAAAAAACAGUGAAAUUUAAAAAAGAAGCAUCGAGGAUAAACUUGAAGCUUUCUUCAACGAAACGUUACACGAUAAAAGUAGUUCCUCUGCAGCACGUAAUCGCGCGAUUAUCCAAAGUCGCCGAAGCGUAAGCGAGCUGUCUUUGCAGGGAAAAUUGAAUUUCUUCGUUCCGAUGGAUUCAGCCGGUGCAAAAACCGACAUAACACAGAGAGAUCGGUCAGCGUGUGAGUUCGAUCGUUUCUCAUAAUCGGAAUGCAGAAUCGCAUAACUUUUAUACUCCUGUUGCGUAACAGGCGGUAAGAGUUGAUCAGGAAGAACAAUUAGAAAGUGUACGAUGGCGUUCUGGCGCAUAAGCGGACUUACACGAUCAUUCGAGGCUAUGUUGCAUAAAUAUCCACCACUUUCUCGCUCUCCAUACUUACGUGCCCGUGGCUUUAUACCUGACCACCUCUCCGUUCGGUCCUGUGCCCGAUGAAGAAGGUCCCUCUCUUCCAACUUUUUCUCUCUUUCUCCUACUCUUUCACCUGGGCACGAUUCAAUUUUACGCACAUCGCGGAGAACGUCGGGACAGUGAUCGCCAGAACACAGUGCACGCUUCUUCAAUCGUUUUCUUAUUUUUACUACGCGAGAUUUCGGACAGUGCUCAGUUGUGCUCGACUUUGUCGGAUAUAUCCGCUGCUUUGCGAAUUUGUGUUUGGUUAGACGGUUCGUGUGUUAUCGGUCUAAUCGGUCUCGGUCAGUUCACGAUUCUGGUGAAUUCGCGUUCAAUCUAAUCAAUGCACGUUGACUUCUUACGGAUCUCAUCGGAUAUCAUCGAUUUUUUCUCAGUCGGCUCGUGUCGAUUUCUUCUCAAUCUGAGGCAAUUAAUGUCGAUUUUGUACCGAACUAGUUCAUGUCGAUUUCUUACGGAUUUCGUACCGAAUUAAUUCAUGUCGAUUUCUUACCGAUCUGAACCAGUUAAUGUCAACUUCGUACCGAACUCAAUUCGUGUCGAUUUCUUACCAAUUUCGUACUGAACCAGUUCAUGUCGAUUUCUUACCGAUCAGAACCAUUUAAUGUCAACUUCGUACCGAACCCAACUCAUGUCGAUUUCUUACCGAUUUCAUACCGAAACAGUUCAUGUUGAUUCCUUACCGAUCAGAACCACUUAACGUCACUUUCAUACCUAUCUCAGCUUAUGUCGAUUUCUUACCGAUCUCAACCAGAUAAUGACGAUUUCUUACCGAUCUCCUCAUUCUUGCGAAUCUACAUUACCAAUAUAGUCAAUUUACACCAAUUUCUUAACGAUCUCACCGCUCCACAUUAAUUUGUUACCGAUCUUGUCAAAUUUUUCGUUGAUUCCUUACCGAUCGUGUCUGUUAUCUAUGAUCGAUAACCAAAUCUGUCAAAUUAGUGCCGAUUUUUUACCGAUCUCCUCAAAAUCGUGCCGAUUUCUUACCAAUCUCGUUGCUUUCUUAUCAGCUUCGUCAAUUAAUAUUAAUUCCUUACUUCUCUCGAUAAAUUCUUACCGAUCUCAUCGCUUAACAUCAGUUUCGUGAACCAGAACCAUUUCCCCGACUGUGAACCCAUCACUUUCUUGCAGAUCUCAUUUUUAUCGAUCACGUUUCUGCCCUACGUUUUCCACCGUUCUUGACCGACUAUUACAGUUCUCUCGUCAACGUGCAACACGUACCGUACUUAUAUACGCGAAGAGGAAAUCCUUUCCCUCUCGUGCACGAAGAUCGACAAAGUGUGCCGAUGUUUCCAACGGCGUGUCGCGCUAAAUAACCACGCGAGUGCGUUCACUGUUACAAAUAUGUUCGCGAAAAAUCGUGCUACUGACUUUGACCUUGUUAUUGUUCUUUGUCGUCGGUGUGUCAUAAAUUGUACAUAAUUUCUGCAUAUCUUAGAAGUGGAGUUGACGAAUCUCGCGACGAAAAUAUCGUCGCCUACGCAUUAAAAGGCAAAAAACAAACGUAGGAGGAAAGGACAAGAAAAUGGAGUACGAGAACGACGAAGAUCGUUUCACGCGGGUGUUUUUGGAUCACAGAGGAAAAGAUGAGGUAGGACAAUUAGUGGGCGCCAAAACCCAUGGCGCAACACCUUUAGUCAUGGCUUGUCGAAAUGGACACUACGACGUGGCUGAAUACCUCAUCAAAGAAUGUGGAGCGGAUAUCGAGCAGCCUGGGUCAGUCGUGUUCGGUGGCGAAACGAUAGAAGGUGCACCUCCUCUAUGGUGUGCUGCAGCUGCUGGCCAUUUGGCUCUGGUCAGAUUACUGGUGAAAAGAGGUGCCAAGGUGAACUCGACGACUAAAACGAAUUCCACACCACUGCGCGCGGCCUGCUUCGACGGUUAUUUUGAAAUCGUCAGAUUUUUAGUAAACCAUGGUGCAGACAUCGAGUUGGCUAACCGUCAGGGUCACACCAAUCUGAUGAUCGCCUGUUACAAAGGUCACAUAAAAAUCGUCAAGUUCCUACUCGCGUUGAAAGCAGACGUGAACCGAAAAUCAGUCAGGGGUUACACGGCACUUCACGACUGCGCGGAAAGUGGAUCCCUGGAAAUCGUCAAGGUGCUAAUCGAGCACGGUGCCCGGAUGGAUGUGGACUCCUACGGGAUGACACCGCUCCUUGUGGCAGCAGUAACAGGACAUAAACACAUCGUGGAAUACUUCAUCAGUAUGGAGCGUUUAGUCAGUCGGAAGGAACGGAUAGACGCUUUGGAGUUGUUGGGCGCGACGUACGUGGAUAAAGAGAGGGACAUGAUAGGGGCCCUUGAAUUCUGGAAACGUGCAAUGGACGAGAGAUAUCGAAGCGACAGUCCAGUGAUAGCGAAACCAUCGCCACCCCCUGUUGUAGCUGCUUACGACUUCGCGAAAGAGAUCUCUGACCCGGAUGCAUUGGACGACUUAUCAACCGAUCCGGAUGAAAUGCGAAUGCAGGCAUUGGUGAUCAGAGAAAGAAUACUAGGACCUGCUCAUCCCGAUACCAGUUACUACAUCCGUUACAGAGGAGCACUGUACGCGGAUGGUGGAAAGUUUGAUCGUUGUAUCAAACUCUGGAAUUAUGCCUUGGAUAUGCAGCAGAGCAUGCUGGAGCCACUCGAUCCGAUGACUCAGAGUUCACUGUUCAGUUUUACGGAGUUGUUCAGCUUUAUGAUAGGAACGCAAACAAGUACAGGCCGGAAGGUACCACCGGAUCAAAAGAAAGAACUUCUGAAAGUGUUCAAGAAAGCCGUCUUAGAAGUAAAAUUAGGAAAACAAAUGUUGGACAAAAUUCCAGCCUGGAGACGAGACCUAACUUAUUUGAACAGAGUGUUCGUGAUUACUUUGCACUUGGCGUGUUUACUGACACGUGAAAUUCCAGAAAAAGGCACGGAAGAAUAUAACACGCUGCACAACGCGAUUUAUGAGCUAGUUCGGAUAAAUGCCAAAGGCAAACAUGGUCGCGACGUGUUGCAAUUAAUUUACAGCGAAAAGGGCGCUGUAGUUGGAAGCUAUUCAAAUUCUAAGUUUCCCUCGUCGAAUUUAGCGAAGACUCUUAUUAAAGUUGGCGCUGAUGUCACGGCAAGAGACAAUGACGGAAAUACAGCGUUGCAUCUUGCCGCUAUUUCGCACUCCACGCGGCCAGAUCUUGCCAUUACUCUUCUCGAAGCUGGUGCUCACAUCGACACCGUUAACAAUGAGGGUAAAACCUACGAGAUGUUAUUGCGCGAUAAACGACUGUACGACUCGGUACAUCCUGUAAAGUACACCACACUCAUGUGUUUGGCGGCCAGAGUAGUCAAAAAAGCAUACACCUUGGAACAUGUACCGAAACAUCUUAAAGCUUUUGUUCAAAUGCAUUAGUGGUGUACCGAUUGCUAAAGAUAAAGCUCUAUCGUGUAAGAUACCGCAAGACAUAUUUAUUUAUUAAUCGGACGAGAAGUCGACGUUUUGUUUUUUUCGUACGACUAUACUAGUACCAGAAUGUGUUUCUAUGGCAGAAUACGAGAAUCUACUUUUUGAGAAUUGCCAUUGUACAAGUGAUACAUAACGUAAAAAUAGAAUAUUCUCGCGAAGAUAUCUAAAUAGAUCUGGGUUGUAACAUUUUUAAAUCGUACACACAGUACGAAACUAUUUUAACGAUUCAGAAAGGCUGGAGAAAAUUGAGAUUUAAUUGAGAAGUAUGGUAAAGUCUCGCUAUAUGGCCCUAGGUUGAGUUUUAUAAGCCGAGUAUUCAACACGGGAUUUGCGAUCGUAUUCGAUCAGAAAGACAUUAGGGGACGAUAUAGUGAAACUGCACUACAGUCCAAUAAAUUUCAAAGUUGAUAUAGCAGUGUAUUUCGUUAUUGUGAUUUUAUAAAAAAAAGAAAAAAAGAACAAAUAUUUGAUACUAACGUCAAACGACGAGGCAUGCGAAAAAGGAAAAGAAUACUUAUUACUUGCAAUGUUUACGAUGGCUUACAGAUACUGUCAAUGUGAUUUUAUUACUGUAUACUUGGCUGACAGUCUAUCCCCUUAUACAUAAUCCCCAUAUAAGCCAUGAUACACUUUAAUAAUAUUUAGUCAUAACAGGGAUGUAUGCUAAAUUGAAAGAUUGUAUAAUCAUAGAAGAAAUGAUUUUAUCUUUGAUGCUGUAUUAAAAAAAAAAUAAAAAAAGAAAGAUAAGAUCAUGUAAUACACUUCUGUCGAUAAUAGCAUAAAACUAUUUCAAUAAAAUACAAAACACACCUUUUUGUGAUAAAAACGAAGAAUAAUGGAAGUUAUUAUAAGAAAUUUUCUUUCUUUGUUUUUGCAAAUGUUACGAACCUCUUCAUUUUAAGAAUGUGUGUUUCGUUUUUAAUAGAUAUCGUUGGAUUAUCAUUGUAGUUAUAUUUACUUAAAAGAAUUUCAUAAUUGAUCAAAUUAGAAGUUACAUAUAUGAUUAAAGCCGCCGUUAGAGUUGCGGGACCUGGGUCAAAAAAUUGACGUCGCAAUUGAACACUGCUUGUCACUGAUGUGUACUAAUGAUUGUAAUUGACUCUCGUUAUAUUGCUACGGACGGAGCUAUAGUAAUUGGCAACAUAACAGGCCCUCUUUCGAAGUUUGUACAUUUGAGAUGUUACCCAGGGCCCGGUUUGCCAGCACUAACGGCGGCACUACAUGUAGUGUACGAGUUUUCUUGAAAACGGUUCAUUUACAUCGAUUUUCAAGCUUACCUUUAUUUAAAAAUGUGAUAAACAUACAUAUAGUUUGUAAGUAUUAUACAAGAUUAUAUAUAUUAUAUAUAUAUACUUAAGAAGAAUCACAUGCGAGGUGUUCAAGUAAGGUGCUUUUUUUGAAAAUAAACAAAUAAUUACACUUAACACUAUAUUGCACGGCUGCUGUCACGAUAGCAAUCUAGAACGUAAUUUCAGAAUUCUAUCGAACUUGUAAAGUUUAUACUUUUCAACACCGUUUCAUUCCAGUAAUUGUAUUCACACACUAUUACCGAUUUACACAGACACUUGUGAUUCUCAGCAAAAAAAGUAUCUUACAUUUAAGGAUCACCCAAUUUAACUGUUUUGUAAUGUAAAGACUGUGGAAAUACAGGUGUGAUUAAUAAUACAACCUACUAUUUAUUUCAACCUCAUAGGACUUACCACUCGAUAACCUUGUAAUCUGGUUAGAUAGCUCUCCUGGAAGAAUAACAUACUUAUAAAAAAAUCUGAAAUAGAAACGUUAAAACUUACCUUCGUUUCCCUGCAAAACAUUAGCCGCAAUUGAAAAGUUAUUAACAUGUCAAAAUAUAUAUUUAAAUCUGGUCCUGCGUAACCGAAUAUUUUAUUUUGGGGCAAUUUCCAACAGUGAAUAGUUUAGACAAAAUCAAGAAGGAAAUGCAGUCAUCAUCCCCUACUUUACAUAAAUGCCUUCACUCAAGUUUUUUUUUCGUGAAACAACAAAACACAACUGAUCAGUCACUUACAAUGGAAAUUUAAUACAACAGACCAUCCGACACAUGAUCUCAUGCGUUACAAAAUAAGAACCCUAUCAGUAACCCAUGCCAAGUGGCAUUGUAAGAAAAAAAAAAGAUAUAACAUCCUUCAAA